GGAGCACAGACGUGCUCCUCUAAACAUUUCAACAUUUGUGCUGAAUAUUUGUUACCGAUAUGUCUAACGUUUAUGAAGAUAUAGAUCCCACUUUUGCAGAGAAAUGUGGCGAUAUGAUGCUUUAUUCUACUCAGGUUGGAUUCCUUAAGAAUCUUGCCGAAGAACUCGUCGCAUUAGCCAACGAAGACAAUUGGUUGGAAUUAUUUGAAACUAUCGAAAAUGAGAAAAAAGUCGAGGCGGUAAUGACGAAUAAAAAGUUAAUGAACGCUCUAAAAGAAGUCUUCUCUCGAAUCCAACCCAUUUACCGGGACAAAGACGCUAAGAUUGCGCAAGAGAAGCGCAAUGCCGCGGCUGAAGCCAUGAGAGACGGGGAGCUUGAGAAGAGUUUGGGCCUAGCGAGUCAAGCCGUGCUGAGAUCACCUAUGAUUAACGUGGACGAGUCAGUAGACGGCGGCGUCUCCCUCGCACUAGGGCUGUGGUUGCGCUCCGAAAUUCUAAUGAGAUGUGACAGAUACGAAGCGGCCCUUGAAGAUUUGAAGAUGGCUUUAAAAGAACGAAUACCAGCUCGGAUGCGUGGCCAAUAUUACUGGAGAUUAGGAAAUUGUUAUAAAGGUGUCGGAGAAGCGACAAGAGCUAAAGUAUCGUAUGAAAUAGCGAGCAGAUUGUUAACAAACGAUGAAAAUGCUAAAAUUCAGUUGCAGCAAGACAUGGAAUCUCUAGACUACUCCCUGGCACUGAAACGUUCCGAAAGCCGCAAAGGUGCUGUGCUUUCCGGCGGCGCUAAACACGCCAUGCCGGCACUCUCCAACUUGAUAGAAAUAACAGAGAACGAGACGAAGGGUCGAUAUGCUGUUGCUUCUAAGCCAGUUAAAACUGGAAACGUACUUCUGAUUGAUAAACCCUAUGCGGCGUGCCUUUUCCACAAAUAUUAUGGUACACAUUGUCACCAUUGUUUACGAAGGUUGGAAGACUGCGUGGAAGUAGCUCCCGUGUGGUGUCCAAAAUGUUCGGGAGUAGCUUUUUGUAACGUUCAGUGCAGGGAUAUCGCUGUCUCCACAUAUCAUUUAUACGAAUGUCCUUUUAUGGGAUUAUUUAUAGGGGCAGGAAUGUCGGUCCUCAGUCAUAUAGCAUUAAGGAUGGUCACUCAAUUGGGUCUCGAAACGAGUCUAGACGUAUAUUCAAAAUUUUUGCCAUCUGAAGAAAUUUCUGCCACUGGCGUAAAAACGAAUCCUAGAAAAUCAAAAACAAGGAAUCGAAAAGAAAGAGUAACACGUACUAGAAUGGGUCUCGGUAUACUAUCCGGUGAUGUUGUUACUAAGGAGGAGGAAAAUAAUUUAGAAGAUAAACAAAAUGAAUUAUUGAAGCAAGCAGAUGAAGUAUAUAGACUCUGUACUCACUCGGAACAAAGAAACGGAGACGAUUAUUUGAAAAGGAUUGUGAUAGCGAUGUUCCUGACUGAAUGUUUAAAAAGAAGUGGCUUCUUCAAGGAUAAAGAAAAUGGAGAGCAAGAUUCAAAUGAGUUAUCUAUCUGCAAGCUGAUAAUAAAGAACCUCCAGCUACUUCAGUUCAAUGCGCAUGAGAUCUACGAGACGCUUCGAGGUGCGCACAUGUUCACAGGGUCAAAGCCAGUGUACAUUGCAGUCGGCAUUUACUGUACCGGCGCACUGUUCAACCACGAAUGCAGCCCAGCGGUGGCAAGGUACUUUGAAGGUUCUAAAAUUAUUCUGCGAGCAAUCAGACCUCUCAAACCUGGUGAAAUCGUCUCUGAGAAUUACGGGCCAAAUGUUUUGGUGCGGAACCUCCCUGAGCGCCAGAAGUCCCUUGCCUGCAGAUACUGGUUCAAAUGCGACUGCCUCGCUUGCUACGAGGACUGGCCGAUUCUUAAGCAGAUGAAGUUUAAGGAUCCGAUUCUAAGAUGUCCAAACAUAUCAUGUUCCUGGAAAUACAGACCGAAUACAGAUAAAACACCAGAAAAAUGUCCAAAAUGUUCCGUACCUAUUGAGAAGGGCUUAAUAAAAGUUUAUAUGGAAACAGUUGAAAGGUGCCUUGCGGCAUAUAAGAAAGGAGCCAGUUUGAUGGAUGAGGAGCAACCCGAGGCAGCUAUAACUGCGCUCUGCGCCGCUGUGGAUAUGUACCACCAGGUGGGGUGGCUACCGCAUCGC